CGACUAUCAUGAAGAUACCUUAACUAAUAAUACUAUCUUUGAUAUCUUAUCUUUGGGACGUGUUUGUUCAAUAUUUAAAUUGGAAAAAAUUUAUUGGACUUCGAUAUUGUAAGAUUACUUGCAGCUGAAGAUAUUACCAAUGGCUCACUUCAUUAUAUAGUACAAUUCAGUAACGUUAGGUGAGUGAUUUUAAAACUUUUAGUAAAUAAAUAGUGCUAAUUCGUACUAAACAUAUAUUAUAUUAUCAUUCAUAUGGACUAAAACCAAUACAUAUUUGUUUAUUAAGCGAAGAUAGAGUUGUCCUUGAUUGGCAAUUUCUAAGAAAAUGGUAGUUACAGCUCGUCACUGUAUAUGAUUGAAAAUUACGUUUAGGCUUUUAUUGAGAUGGAGUGGAUCGUGCUGGCUAUACUGCUUGUUACAUUAUUUGUUUGCCCAAUAUGGUUUUAUCUUUGGCUGAAUAAACUCUUAAAGAGACAAUGGAUUGAAGAAUAUAGUCACUACUCGGUACCAGAUUUUCAUUUUACAUUGAAACGCUGGUGGGCUAGUUUAUGUAUUGCUAGAAAAAAGUCAAAGCAGGAUGCUUUGUCAAAGAUGAACAAGGAAUACAUAUAUGACAAGAAGCUUCCUGAUAAUUUAGAAGAUCUUCAAGUUCUUCAUGAAGAGGAUAGCUCAGACUCUUUCUUGUUCUAUGCUACGGAUCAAAAAAGAAAUUCUCUUUUCUUGAAAUUGACAAGGAGAAGACACAGAAUUUCAGAAUUGUGGCUACAACUGAUACUAGCUGAUGGUCGAAUUUAUCAGUUACCAAAUCAUCCCGAUACUGUGAUUAGUAAUAAUGUAAGUAAAAAAUGGUGUUGUGCUGGUCUAAAGAUUGUUUCAUUAGAGUCUUGGAGAAGAUGGAGAAUUACUUUCAAUGGUCUCAUGAGGAAUGGAAUUCGACGUAACGUCAAUGACAAUAUGGGAAAAAUUGAACAUAUUCGAUUUAACUUCAUAUUUAUUGCUGGCUCCAAACCUUCUUUUUGGCCUGAUGACUGGAGUACUAGUUUGCAAGCUGACGCACUCGCCAGGGAACCGUGGAAAAAUCCUGAAUGGAUACAUAUGAUUUGUGUAGGCUCUGGCGGAUUCGACCAAUGGGGUUCUCUAGUCGGUCAUGUUACUUUUGAAGAUUCUACCCAAACAGAAUUAUAUUUGCAUGGCUUACGGCAAAGACGAUGGGGUAAACACAAGGCCGCACGUUUUCAUAGGACAGUUAGUUUCUUUGGAAUAACUAGAACUGGUAUUAGCUUUUGUUUUGGAGGAAACAGUUUCAAAACUGGUCUGACACAUCUACAAUUUGGUCAUAUUAAGAACGCCAUUGGUUUGUUCAACCAAAUAGAUUGGAUGGAUUUUAACUUACCAGACUUUGCCGAAGACAGAGAUAAUAUUCCUACAAAAUACACCAUCAAUUUUCGAGCCGGAGGUAAAAAGUAUAAAACUGUUGUGGAACGGAUAUUAAAUACUGGAAGUACUUUGUACGGCGGUCGACCCUGGGAUUGGGAAGGAAGGAUCGUUCCGUUAAAAAUAGAACUCAAUGGAGUAUCAGCAGUAGGAAUUGCUAAUCUUUGGUAUACCUAUAAUGGCUUUUGUCCUCUACAAGCUGUACCAAGAGUUCGACAUCUAUUGCCCCCUAAUGUCAAGUUGGACCCACACAUCUACGUUGUUCGAUUUAGUGAGAGAAUCUGUCAGAGUGAAAUGAUUGUCGGUGGGAAAGGAUCUUCUCUAGCUUUAUUAACUACUGUCAACAGUAAAGAAUUCUCUGUGCCACAAGGUUUCUGUCUCACCGUAGCUGCAUUCAAAGCUCAGUUGGAAUCUGUACCGGAGAUCUCUGAAGCUCUGGAUAAUCUGAAGAUUAAUAGCACACAGCAAAAAGAUGAAAGCCUCAAGAAUGCUUGCGAGAAAAUUGUUGCUCUAAUUGAAAAUACUCCAGUUAUUAAAUCAGUAGCUGAUGCUGUACGAAAGGCUGUAAAUGACAUAGAAAUGGUACAGCCAGUAAUUUUGGAUGAACUUAAACGUACUUUGAGAUUCGCAGUAAGAUCAAGUGCUGUUGGUGAAGACAGCGAGGAUACUUCAGCUGCUGGACAGAAUUCCACGUUCUUGGGUAUUCAAGAAAGUGAAAAUGUUUUGAAAGCCGUCGCUAAAUGUUGGGCGAGUGUUUUUGCUUUUCAAAGUGUUGAAUACAGGAGACAACACGGUCUACCAAUUAAAUCAUGUAUGGGAGUCUGUGUUCAGAUUAUGGUGAAUGCAGAGACUGCUGGAGUUAUGUUUACCAAACAUCCAACCACUGGGGACCCACGAAGCAUAGUAAUCACAGCAAACUACGGUCUUGGUGAAACUGUAGUAUCAGCCAUGGUAGAGCCAGAUACAAUUAUCGUUAAUCGAACCUGGGACGACAAGCUAACGAUAAAUGAAAUUACGUUGGGAAAGAAAACAAAAAAAAUAUUGAUGUCUGAUAUCAGUGGUACCAAAGUGGAAGAUAUAUCGGAAACAGAGUCAAAGGAAGUUUGUAUUUCCAAAAAGAUUGCAUUGUGCCUUGCCAAAUUAGGUCUACAACUGGAAGCACUUUUUGGUGCACCAAGGGAUGUCGAAUGGGCCGUUUCUGAAGGAAAAAUCUUUUUGUUACAAGCAAGACCCAUUACUACUCUGGAUGGGUGGUCAGACUUUGAAAUUAUUCAUGAGCUGGACAGUAAUGUUCCUAGUGACAUAGACGUACUGAGUUUUGCCAAUAUUGGAGAAGUUUUACCAGGUGUUACUUCUCCACUGUCAUUAAGUACUAUUUGUAGAAUUCUUAAUGGUUGUGUUGGACAGAAAGCAUUAUGUCAACCAAAUGUCUACUAUGAAUCUACAGUAUGUGUUACUGCAAUGCGAUGUAUCUUUAAUUAUACGAACACAAUGUUGAUUCGACCGGAAAAGACAAUCACAGCGACUAACAAAACUAUAGAUAUCGCAAUAUGUGGAAAAAUCUUAACCACGCCGGAAGUACAUCAAUACGCUGUUGAGAGAAACGGAACUAUAAGUGUCUUUUACCGAAUUUAUAUGAUUUAUAGCUUAGUUUGCGAUAUGUGGCACAUGAAAUCCACGAUGAAGAAGGCUGCAGAGGUUCAUGAAAAAUUCAAUAUUGAUUUUGAUCGUUUCUACACCGCUAUUCAUCUUUAUCAAGAGAUCACUGAUAGUUUUGAAAACCUAUUAAAGGUAGCUUUGUUUCAUAGCGAAAUUUCGGGGGUCGCUGUAUUCUCCCAAAUGUUCCUCAUAUCGAUAUUGAUGGAAGGGCAGGAAGAACUAAAUGACAAUCAUUAUUCAGAUAUAGCUUUACUAUUAAGUACAUCUAGUGACGUAAUAAGCGCACAGGUGCCUAAAAUUUUGAAAGAAAUAGCUGAAUCGAUAAAGGCUUCUGGGAAAGCUGAAGAAUUUAUUAGCAUUCAUGCGUCCCACGGUAGAGAUUGGCUCAAAGUAAAUUGUCCAAGCACUUCGGUCCUGUUUGAGGAUUUCCUCAAGAAACAUGGUCAUAGGUGUGUCAAAGAAUUUGACCUUUUAAUAGAGACCUGGAGUAUGAAGCCAGAAAAAACACUAAUGGCUCUGCAGGCCGUUUUAAAAAUACCUAGCGGUGGUAACGUUCCGGAAGAACUGACACUUGAGGAAACGAUUGAGAAAUUAAAAAGUCCAAAGAAAUCAGCCACCAAGUGGAUUCUAAAGAAAGUAAUUCCUUACUGCAGAAAUAUUGUGAUGUGUAGAGAACAAACAAAAUCCCAUCUGGUGUCCGUAUUGCAUAAAAUCAGAUUAGCUUACUGCAAACUUUCACAACUGAUGACCCAAGAGUGUCUUAUUCCUGAUCGGAAUAUUUUAUUCUUCUUGACUCACCAGGAAAUUGGACGACUCCUUCGAUCUCCUGAUCCUGUUCUAUUGAGAAAAGCUAUUAAAAGAAGAAGACUGUUUCCACAACUUGAAAAACUGUCAUAUCCAGAGACAAUCAUUGGUAUUCCAACUCCUUUACCAGUUAAUUCGAAUCCUGUGAUUCAUGAAGGAGCUGUUAAAGUUAAAGGAACAUCCAUAAGCAAUGGAUCAGUCCUUGGUAGAGCCUGUGUUAUCACAGAUUUAUCAGAAGCUUCUAAUAUAUGUCCAGGAGACAUUUUAAUAACAAGAUCGACUGACAUUGGCUGGAGUCCCUAUUUUCCUUUAAUAGGUGGCGUUGUUACAGAGCUUGGAGGGCUUAUUAGUCACGGAGCAGUAGUCGCCAGGGAAUACGGACUUCCUUGUUUGGUUGGAGCCACUGAGGCUACACAAAUUUUUCACACGGGGGAUACGGUGCUACUAGCUGGGAAUACAGGAAUAUUGCAACUAGUGCAACACGUCUAAUAUUAGGAUUUAUACAGCCAUAUGUUUUAUAUAAUUAAAAUAGAUUUUACGCCCUAUAA